CCCCUCCCCACACCCUCCGGCCCGCUGCCGCCGUACUCACGCGGGGAGCCGCAGAGGCGCGGCGGGUGUCUCCUCAACGGGGGCUCUUGCUGGGCGUGAGGCUCCUGGGUGACACAAGAACAGCUCCAGGUCACACACACCACCCCAAACACCGCCCCGCAAAAGCAGCACGGAGAUGUACAAGCAGCGGGCGGGGCCGGGAGCCACCAAAGCCCCGAGUUCCCGGAGAACUUCCACGGCUUCCUCAGUUUCCCAGGGAAAAGGCAGCGGGAGCGGGGCCCUGGUGGGCAGCCAGGGAGCUCUGCAGAUUUUUGACGAUGAAGGGAAGAAUGUGACACCCCGUCCCCUCUUCCAGCCAGACCCAAACGCUGCUGUACCCAGGACACAUGGAAGCGACACAUCAACAACCACGUCUGGCUUAGAUGAGACAGAACCUCAACAAGACCCAGCUUUGAGCUUGCCUGCUGUGCAGGAGGAGGGGCAGGCAGCCCUGACAGAGGCAGAGCUGGAGCGGAGGGUGGAGAUUCUCCUGGCAGAGACAGAAACGCUCUGGAUGCUGGACCUGCCAACUGCCCUGGUGUCCACCGAGGCAGAGGAGGCUCCCAGGGUCCUGGAGAGGAAUAAGAUUUAUGCAGAGAUUUGCGAGGCUAAAAUUGGCAGUGAGUACUUUGAAGCAAAAAUAGUGCAAACCAUCUCUGGAGCUGCCAAAAGCAAGGAAGUGCAGUGUGAGACCAUCACCAUGGCAGAGAAAGGGAUGAUGGUGACUCCCUGGGAUUUGGAGAGUCCACAGCCUGCCUCAGGAGCAGAACCUGCAGAGACAGAAGAACCCAAAACCCCAAAAGCAAGGAAAAGCAGCAAAUCUCCCACAGCUGAAGAGCACGGUCAGGCUGUGCCUGUCCCUUCUGCCACAGAGAGUGCUGCUGCUGCCAGGAGCCACGAGGAGCAGGAAUGCCAGUCAGAAGCAAUCCUAACUUCAGCAAAGCUGCAGCAGGAUUUAGUUGUCGUGGAGAGGAUUCUCAUGGAGAACAUUUUUCAACCCAAACUCGCAGUUUAUCGGCAGAUUCCUGUCCUCAUAGAACCUGUUGUUACCUCGGACACCGAGGUGGAAGAAGACAAAGAUGAAGAGGAUGAGGAUGAGGAGGAGAAGCAGGAGGAAGGAGCAGAGCCAGCUCAGAGCCCAGCAGAGGGGGCAGGCCCCAGGCUGGAGCAGCUCUGGUCAUACCAGUGUGAUUUAACCUGGGCUCACAGCGUGAGCAGCAUGGCUUGGAACAAGGUGAACCCUGAUCUCUUGGCAGUUGGUUACAGGGAGUUUGUUUCUCGGGGUCAGAAGAAAGGCCUGGCUUGCUGUUGGUCACUGAAGAACCCCAUGUGGCCAGAGCGUAUUUUCCGCUGCGAGCACGGCGUCACCGCUGUGGAUUUCUCCCUGGCCAGCCCAAACCUGCUGGCGGUGGGCACGACCGAUGGGCGCGUGGCCAUCUACGACGUGCAGAGCCGCGGGGACGCCGCGCUGCUGGACAGCAGUGCAUCCCUAAACAAACACAAAGGUCCUGUGUGGCAGCUGAGGUGGGUGGAACAGGACAGAAGUGCAGCAGCAGGUGACAAAGGAGAGAGACUGAUGUGCAUCUCAGGAGAUGGGAGAAUGACCCAGUGGUUCAUUCAGCAGAGACUGGAUUGCACUGAUGUGAUGAAAAUCAAGCGAACAGAAAGUGGGAAGAAAAACUUACCAGGUGGGAGAGAAAGGAAAAGUGAAGGUCCCAUAUCACGACAGGCAGCUGGCAUGUGCUUCGACUUCCACCCAGAGGAUCCUGACGUUUUUCUUGCUGGAACAGAAGAGGGCCACAUCUACUGCUGCUCUUGCUCAGGCAAGGAGCAGAUUCUGGGGACAUACAGAGGCCAUAAGGGCCCCGUGUACAAAGUUGCCUGGAAUCCCUCCAGCACAGACAUGUUCCUGAGCUGCUCUGCAGACUGGAGCAUCCUUUUGUGGCACCGGGAUUCCCUCAGCCCCCUGCUCACCUUCACUUCUGUCACAGCUUUUGUUCACGACAUCAAGUGGGCUCCACAAUCAGCCCUCGUCUUCGCAGCAGUGAAUGAGAAGAGGGUGGAGAUUUGGGAUCUGAGUGUCAGCAUCUUCCAGCCCGUGCUCUCCUGUGCUGCCAGCCCUGAAGGGAAGCUCAGCUGCCUCCUGUUUGCCAGGAACGCCGAGUGCCUGCUGCUGGGGGACAGCUGUGGCCAGGUCGGGGUGUGGCAGCUGCAGGGCCUGGCUGUCCCCAGCACCCAGCAGGUUGGUUCCUUGUGUGACAUCGUUGCUCCUGCUGGUGCUGUUUAACAGUAGCUGAUAUCCCUUCUCCUCCAGGAAACCCUUGCUGUAGUAUGAACAUAAACUUGUUAUCUUUUUUAAUCAAUAAAAUUUCUCUUUGAAACCGCA